AUGGCCUCUGCGCAGGGAGCUACGCGUGUCCCAUCGGACACUCAGCAAGUUGGAGCCAAAUUGACAGAUGUUGGACCAUUCAAGCGGGAAGACUUGUCUACGUAUUUGACAAGGGUAAAAAAGGACAUUGCAUUUUUCUUGGCCGACCCUCCAACGGGCAUAUUCAUCGCACCGUACGAGAAGGACAUCGCCAAUAUCCAUGCCCUGGUGAUGGGUCCCUCUGGAACACCUUACGAAGAUGGCUUCUUCGAGUUCCUUAUUCGAUGCCCGGUGGAGUAUCCGAUGAAACCACCUAUCGUCGAGUUCCUGACUACGGACUCCGGCAGGCAGGCACAGCCGAAGCCUGCACGCUCCAAGCACAAGCCCCAGUCUCAGCAGACCGGCAGCCAGGUCACUGCCACCCGCUCCGAGGCCCCAAGCGUAGGGAAGGCGACAGCCGGUACUUCCUUCUCCCUUGACCCGGCCGUAGCUUCUAGCGAGGGAAAAACUCUCCGCAACAACACCGAGACUGAAAUUCAACGCAAGGCCGCCAUCAUCAUUGCCUCGCCAGAUGGCGCCGUGACGUGCCGCCAAGUGUUGGAUAAAGCCAAGGCCACAGUCAGCACCAACGACAAGCGUGGCAGCGUGGCGGUCGUGAAGGGUCACUCCUUUCGUGAAGCUGUCGCUGGUGGUGACCGAUCGACUCCGGCCCUUGCCCCUCGCCCUCCCAUGAGUGCAGGCUGUCAUCGCAAGGACCCCAUCUCCUAUGACUCAGCCGGCUCCAGCUGUCGACUCGAAGGACACAGUUCUAACCAGUGCUUGCAGGCGCUAGCCGUCGAGAACCCCGGAGGAGUGAUGACAGGGAACGCUGCACGUGGGAACUCUGGAUGA